CAUUGCCUCUUUUACUCCAUAACUCAAAGCAACUCAUAACUAAAGCAAAAGCUCGCUCAAAAACAACAAAAAUGGAAUUCGAUGCCAAAACUACCACCACUAUGAGUCCACCUCCAUUCUCCUACUCUCCAUCUUCAUCUCCUUCUUCUCCCAUUACUGCAUCAUUUCCCUCCCCUAACUCUCAUCCCUUAUCUAGUUUAUCUUCUCCUCAUGCUGCUGCCAGUAAUAAUAUUAGUAGUAAUCCGCUUCCCACCUCUCUUUCACCACCACCACCCCCGCCGCCACCUGUUGUUCUCAGCCCAUGCGCCGCCUGCAAGAUUCUCCGCCGCCGGUGUGCAGAGAAGUGCGUUUUAGCUCCAUACUUCCCUCCUAAUGAGCCCCUCAAGUUCACUAUUGCCCACAGAAUCUUUGGAGCUAGCAACAUCAUCAAGCUCUUGCAGGAACUUCCAGAGUCUCACAGAGCAGAUGCAGUGAGCAGCAUGGUUUACGAAGCAAAUGCCAGAAUUCGAAACCCGAUUUAUGGCUGCGCGGGAGCAAUUUUCCAGCUCCAGAAACAAAUCGGUGAGCUCCAAGCCCAACUGGCCAAGGCACAAGCCGAGCUCGCUAACCUGCAAUGCCAGCAAGGCAACAUGAUUGCCCUAAUUUGCAUGGACAUGACACAAUCUAAAGAAGAAGCCAUUUUGCAGCAGCAACAGUCUAAUUACAUUGACACAAGCUGUUUUCUGGAUGAAAACAAUUCGGGCACGGCUUGGGAGCCUCUCUGGACAUAAACAGUAAUUUGUAUGUCGAUCAUUUCACAUUGGAAAAAGACACUUCGAAAAAGUUUCGAAAAAGACACUUUGAAAAAAAUGUCCAAAAGAUUAAGUGUCCAUCUCUUAAUUAAUUAAGGCAUAUAGAAAUUAUAUAUAUAGGGGUUAUGAUGCUUUUUAAAUAAGAUUAUUGUUAAACUUUAGAUUCCUCUAGUUCUAAUAUUGGGAAAUAUAUAAAGGGAGGGGAAUGAGGAGACA